GUUUAUAGAUCAGUAAACCGUGCAAGUGUCCGUGUUAUGACUCUCACAUUUUACUCUGAAAGAAAUAAGAGGGACGCCACAAAUCGGUAGCUACAUCCGAAAUAAUUUCCCGCGGAUGGACGUUGAGCUAAACUUGGAGGAAUUUUGUUAAUUUUUGCUAACGUUAGCUGUUACAUUUCAUUUACUAGCUACAUAGUUUCAAGCUGUAUUUCCAGAUACGCGAUUCGGAGUUAACAAUGAAUGCUUCAAUGCAACUAUUCAGCUGUAAACUCUCAGUUUAAAUCAGUUUAUCCUAAAUGCUCAUAACAAACACACGUUAGUACCAUGGACAGAGAGUGUGUUUUGCUGCUGCCCAGUGUGUGUGAGGUGCUGGCGGACUCAGGGAGGUCUGUACCCGAUGACACCAGCCUGGAGAAACUGUUGGACUGGUUUACAGGGCUCACCGAGGCUGGAGGAUCUCUGCUGGAGGCUUGCCCAUGUCUUCUCAAAUUCAUAUCCACUGUGGUUCACAACACAGCUUCAGACCCCGGUGUCCUCUCCUUCACUCUUAGGCUCACCGGCUUAAUGGCUGCCACUGAGGACGGCUUCAAGAUGCUUCAGGAACAAUCUGUUUUGAACCAGGUCUUCGACCUUCAGCACUGGCAAGAAGCAGGACUCUGGGACGAUCCCUGUUUACGGAUUGGCUGGAUCCAGGGCUUAAGGAGCAUGCUGCAACACCCAAAGGCUCUCAGUUUCUUUGUACAAUCAGAUUUCAUUGCUUCGCUCCUACAACUCCAGACAGACACGAGUCUAUUUGUUGCCUCAGCCGCCAAUCACAUGCUCGCCCACAUCCUGCUCUUCUUUCAGAAAGUCUCGUCUGCAGGAUCUAACGGCAUCAAUAACAAAGAAGAAGAUGAGAGGAGGAUACAUCACUCUGUUACAGACUUAGAAUCCCCAGCUGUCACCAUGGAAACCAGCGAAGAGUACAGUGCUGUUGUUAAGGGGAUCUCAGAGUACCUUAAGGAGUCUCUGAUUCCCAAAGAAAACACAAAGCUCCAUCAGAGUCUGCAGAUACUCAAACUUCUGGCCCUGCUCCUGGCCCAGGCCGGGCCUCCACUCCGGGACAAGCUGCUCCAGACAGUCACAGACUCUCUGGAAGAACUGGUGACAGCAGGCUGCAGUCAGCUCACGCUGCCUCUGAUGGAUGUCGUUCUGGCUGCAAACAGCAGCUGCGGCCCUGAUGGACGUGUCCCAGACCAACGCGUCACCCGUCUUCUAUCGUCCAUGUUGACCAUCAGCCGACCCGCUGACCUCAUUCAUGCUGCAGCUGCUUUGCUUAGCAGAGGUCACCAUGAUACUGUCCACACAGCCCGGGCUGUGAGAAUACUACUGCUCCCCCUCGACAUUAUAACUGGUCUGACUCUACUGGGCACAAACACCGCUGCCGACGAACAUCAGGUUUCAGUGGUAGAGCAGCUGAAGAGUAAAACCUCCUGCAUCUCUAUGACCUGUGUCUGUCUGACGAACACACCACAGAUCACACUCACGCCUUCUGGCGUCCUCCCCUGUCCUCCUGUUUUGAUUGUCACUGCGGUUGUGUCAUUGUUAAGGAUCAGCAGUGGCAUCUCUUCCUCCUCAUUCGCUGGUUGCAGCGAGGUUUGCAGGAACGUAAUCGGCAGUGGCAAAGUUCAGAAAUGUGCCCUAGACGCUCUAACGGCUCUCAACAGCAGCCCAGGUGCGAAGGAGAAGAUCAGUGAAGUGUUCACAAUUCUGAUACAAUAUCUGAACAAUCCUGAUUCUGACCCCACUGUACUCCACAAGUCCUACCAGGCCUUCAUAAAGUGGAUCGGAGUGUGCACUGACCUCUCCUUAAUAACAGACCAGCUCAGACAAGAUCUGGUGGAGGUAGUGAAGAAGCGUGCGUGUGACAUGCGUUGGGAGGUGAGAGACUCGACGGUGGAGUUUCUGGGACACCUGGCCGGUGUGCACGUCUCCGUGACAUCAGGCGAGGACCUGUGUGAUGCGUCUGAGGCUCUGCUGGGCGGCUGCUGUGCUACUCCUCUCCUGAAGGAGGCCCUCCAGGAUACAGAGAGUUAUGUGAGAGCCAGUGCCAUCUCUGCUCUGGCAAAGACUCUGACACACAGCUGGCAACAGGGGGCAGCACUCACUCAGGACCAGACUGAAAUAGUGAGCCGGCUGCUUGAAAUCCUCUCCCAGGACACAGAGGGAUUCCCCAGGAGGGCUGUUGUACAAUACUUCAUCUCCUGGUUCUUGUCACACUCCUCACUCUCGCCUCCAUCAUCAUCCACCCCCUCCACUUCUUUCCUGAUGCAGUGUGUGCGCACCGUCCUCUCCCAAGGCAGCGCCGAUUUAGACUGGGAGGUCAAAGUUCACACGCUGGAGCUGGCUGAGCUGCUGCUGGACCAAGCCUUUUCAGCUCACCGCGGUUACAGAAAGGGGUCAGAUGCACAUCGUGCCCUACAACACCCCUAUGGUGUAGUUUCUGAUCAGGCCUACACACUUCACACACACCCUGGCACACACACAGAGGGCGUGCAGUCAGAACUGGCCCAUGUGGUCGAGCUGGGAGUCUUCUCAGCGCUGUUGAGCGGUCUGGUUGACUGCGAUAGACCUGUGGGUCUGAAGGCCUGUCGACUGCUGAUAAUACUCAGAGAGACAAUCUGCCCUCUGUCGCUAGGGGCGCUGGAUGUAACUGCUGCCAUGGCAACAGUAUCCUGUGAACUGCUUGGCAGGGGCUGGGGGAAGGAGAUCACAAAGAUACUGGGGAUGGAGAGCGAUCGGGCCAGUGAGGUGGACAUCUCAGCACAGAGAAGUUUCAGUGGAGCAGACGGGCGAGGGGACAGUGUGACUGUGAGCGUGUGCGAGGUGUUGAGGUCUCUGGAUUUAGACGAGAGGCUGGACGUCCUGACUCAAAGCAGCGAUCACAUCCACAACUCUCCCCUCUCUCUGCUGCAGGACAUACUGACUGCGAGCGCCGCUCACACUCAUCCAGACACAAAGCCAGGGCAUGAGGUCAUAGUGGACUGCUACUGACACACACACGCGCACACACACACACACACACACACACAACACUGCAAAUGCCUUAUGUUAUUUUGUUACGAGUGAUGAACAAGACACUCUUAACUCAGGAAACACCUGCCUUCAUGAUGUUGGGAUGUAUUCAUUACUUUAGUAAAAGAGGAAUUGCCCUGAUUUGACUGAUUUUGAAUUUGUUUCUUGUAUCAAUUUUUAGAAUUACAUAACAUUAAAUAUUACAAUUUUAUUAAAUACCAGAUGUUGAUUUUUUUUUCUUUUUCAUGAUAUAAUGUCUCUAUUGAUUUUUAAGAUGCAUUGAUAUAAUUCAGUUGUACUCUUCUUUACUUCCAGCACAGGUCUAUAGUAGUGCAA